CUUUGGCCUCCUGACCCAGACAGAGCCAGGCGCUAGGGAGCCUGUGGCCGAGCCCGGGUCGCGCCGCCCCCAGCCUCGGGGCCGAGAGCCAAGAGUUCGAGGCCUCCCCGAUCCGGAUAUGAUGAAAAGGAGCCACAGAGGGAGAAGUGUUUCUGGAGUAAAGGCGCGCUGUAAGGGGGAAAGAGAGGCAGAGGGGAAAGAGUCCCCCUCGGAGGGGAGCCAGCGGGGCUGAGCUGGCUGGAAAGAGGAGGCGGGGAGCGCCCGGCGAGAGGAACGGCGGCUGCCGCUGUUGCCGCCACUGCGGUGUGCGCUGAGCGGGAGGGAGGAGGGGAGGGACGCCCAGGGGUGGCCGCCGUCGGGCCAGCGCGACCCACGGCCCCUGCCGGAGCCUCGCUAACUUUCCGAGGCGGAAGAGGAGGAGGAGGAAGGGGCUUUGAGUGAGUUGGGGGGAUGCCGAGAAGCGGUCAGUUGUCUGCGCCCAACAUCUCCAAGCCUUUAGUGCGUCCGCCCCGCAGGGCGGCGAGCUAGGCGGAGGCGCGGCGAGGGCUCCGUGAAGCGGCCCAUGUCCGGCGCGGGUGAAGCCCCCGCUCCCGGGCCCCAGCUCGGGGCCGAGGCGGGCGGUGGCCGGCUGGGCGCCGCGGCCCAGGAAAAAUGUGAUAAAGAAAAUACUGAGAGAGAUAUAACUCAAGCCACUGAUAGCUGCUUCACACAUGGAGAGAUGCAAGACCAGUCCAUUUGGGGAAAUUGUUCGGAUGACGAACUCAUCAGAACCCAACCUCAGCGCUUGCCUCAGCUUCAAACUGCAGCACAGGAAAGUGAGGAGGAAAUAAGCAAGAUAAAGAACGGCCACCGAAGUCUGAGCAAUGGAAAUGGAAUCCACCACGGGGCCAAACAUGUAUCUGCAGAGAAUCGAAGACUUUCAGCACCCGUUUCUCAAAAAAUGCAUAGAAAAAUUCAAUCCAGCUUGUCUGUAAACAGUGACAUCAGUAAGAAGAGUAAAGUAAAUGCUGUCUUUUCUCAAAAGACAGGCUCUUCACCUGAAGAUUGCUGUGUCCACUGUAUCCUGGCCUGCCUGUUCUGUGAAUUCCUGACCCUCUGCAAUAUUGUCCUGGGACAAGCUUCGUGUGGCAUCUGCACCUCAGAAGCCUGCUGCUGUUGCUGCGGAGAUGAAAUGGGAGAUGACUGUAACUGCCCUUGUGACAUGGAUUGUGGCAUCAUGGAUGCCUGUUGUGAAUCAUCAGACUGUUUGGAAAUCUGUAUGGAAUGCUGUGGAAUUUGUUUUCCUUCAUAAAUAUUUAUCUUCUGUUUGCAUUAAAACUGGAGAGUGUUUUAAAAUUUUUCUUUUAAGGGGAAAGGAAAGCACGUGGUAAGAUUCUCAUCAAACAAUCCAGUAUUUACACUGUUAACUCAUUAUUUUAGGAAAUCUCUGAGAGCCUUUUUUUUCCUCUAACCAAAUCUACAUGGUUUAAUAUGUGAAAUUUUAACUACUUUUAGACUUCUUAAUAGGUUACAGUGACUGAGGGACAUUUUGAC